UCAAGCUUCUGUCCCGGUACUACACUACUCCUUUGCUGACUGAUUUUUUUUACUAGAUCGACGUACGUUAUACCUGUUGGCUUGUUUACACAGAUAUUUAGAUUGAAAGUGAGUCUGAGAUGCUGUGCGGCAUGUCCAAAGAAAGCAGAGAAGAAGUUGAACAAAAUUCAUGGAGUGAAAUCCGUCACCAUAGAUUACGAGGAGGGAAUGGUGAUUGUCUCAGGGAAUGUAGACCCUAAAAUACUUAUUGACAAGUUUGCAAAGUGGGGAAGAAAAGCACAACUUCUAUCCUUCCAAAACCAAAAGGACUCUUCUUCUGAUCAACAUCUCAAAAUUGCCAAUGAUAAUUUUGAUUCCGACGAUGAUGACAGCUGUCAUUGUGAGGCAAACAAGAAGCAAAAUGGUUCAGUCAGUCGGCAACAUCCUAGUCUCAAAAUAUCUGCUCAGAGCAGCAAAGAGAAACCCAACAUCAUCAUCACUAAAACAAGAAAAGGCAGGUUUGCUUGGUUUUGGAAUUUGUUUCGCAGGAAGAAGUCGUCGUCGCCGGAGUUCAGUAGAGUCAGAUCUCCUACAACUACCAAAGGGAGCAGCGCAGAUACUGGCAGGUAUCCCAGGCCAAGAAGGCCCAACAACAACAGAUAUCCUUUUGAGCCCAUUUAUGAAACCCCAAGGAGUAAUAAUUGGCCAUAUUCGUAUCAAAGGAUAAUGUUACUCUCCCCCCCUCCUCCGCCUCCUCCUCCUCCUCCUCCUUAUGGAAUAUACGGAUCAACGGCAGCACGAAAUCACCCGCAGACCAUUCACUACAGUAGCUAUCGAGACAAUUAUUUCCCUGACCUAAUAAAACCAACAAGUCCACAAUCUGAUUAA